UUUCUUUCAGCAGAGGAUGGCUACCGUUUGCAAGGCUCAAGAUGUAGUGAGAUGUUGCAUGUGUUAUAGCAAUGGAGAAUUCCGUUGUCAUUCCUGUUCCGUCAAUCUUUGUGAGUCCUGUGUGGGAAAACAUAUGUCCAGUACAAUGAAUAAGCUUCAUGAUGUGACAUCUUUGAUCUUUAAGAAGGACAAUCAGCCAAAGUUUCCAAUGUGUUCUGUUCUUGGACAUCAGAAAUGUGAGAUGUUCUGCUCAACCUGUGACAUGGCAGUUUGCAGCAAAUGUAUCACAUCUGGUAACCACAAGUCACAUGAUGUAAAAGACGUUUUAGAAUGUUUAACUGAAAGAAAGUUUAUGAUCGAAAGAGCAAAAUAUGAUGUUACAAACUCAUUCAUUCCAAUGUUUGAAAGAAUGAAGGGUCGUGUUGACGAAAAGUUAAAUUGUCUUGGUGAAGAAUUUGAUAAUAUUGAGGAAAAUAUAUAUGAAAAUGGGCACAAGUGGCAUAAACUUGUUGAUAGUGUUGUGGAAGACAAUAUUGAUGAUGCAAGAAAAAUGAAACGGUUCAUGCAGAAAGGUCUAAUGAGUAAACAACUUGAUCUUCAGAAAGCGGUUGAAAAUUUGAAAGAGUUUCUCAAAGGAAUAACGGAAGCAUUGGACUCGGCUGAUGCACUUAAAGUCAUUCAUUUCAAUGUCGAUAUUCAGCAUCUACUUGAAAAUGUAUCAAAAAUCCAAAUUAGGAAACCUCUUUAUUCUGGAAAAAUAAUUUCAGAGGACGAGCUCAAACAGAAUUUUGGCGCUGUGUCCUCUCCCAUACAAACAACUUUUGAAUUUUCUGUAAGGUGCGCUGGCCCAGAGACACGUCGUUCAAAGUCUUUCUGCGACAGUAAAGACGAUGUUACAUCAUCACACAAGAGAAGGCAGGCGGAGAAUGAACGUGAAUCAUUUGAGUCUGUAAGACCCGAAAGGGUGCAAGGAAAAAAUAAGGCACUUACAGGGAGCUGCAAGCUGGGAAUACGAUCGAGAUUGUCAGACUCUAAUCUGUACAAUAAAAACAGAAAACAAGUCCAAGCAGAAAACAGAUUUUCAAUGUGUGAAUUAAGUGAUUCUACCUUUCACAUCGAAGGAGGUAAACCACUUUUCCCGCUAUCUCCGUCUAUGAUUCGUUUUGAGGAUGUUGUAGAAUUUGACAGAUACAAUGGUCUUCGAUGCAGUGGCAUUGUCAAAUAUGUCGGGAGAUUAAAAGAUCGGGAUGGUAUCUACAUUGGUGUAGAGCUUGACUCUGAAGGUGAUGGAAAACAUGACGGAAUGCUUGAGGGUGUUCGAUAUUUCAAAUGCAAACCUUCUAAAGGAAUCUUCAUUAAGUUCGACAAGGUUUUCAAUGUGUGGAAGAAACUCGAAAAAUAAUAACAAAGGCAAGUGCCGUUAGC